AUGUCCGGUCCCUACAACCAGCAGGGAUAUCCUCCGUACGGCGGCUCACCUGCUCAACCAUACCAGCCUUACAACGCCCCUCCCCCCGCCGGUUCCUACAACAGACCUCCUCCGCAACAGCCCACCUACCCCGCACCGCAGCAGGCUCAGCAGGGCUAUGCACGUCCACCACCGCCGCCACCCCAGGGUCAGCCCUAUGGAUCAUCGGGAUCGCCGUAUCCUGGCCAGCAGCCUGUCUAUCCGGGCCAACAAGCGCCAUACCCUGGGCCGCCGCAGUCACCAUACCCUCCAGGCCCGCAUUCUCCCUAUCCCGGACAGCAACCUCCAUAUCAUACUGGACCGCAAUCCCCGCAUCCUGGAGCACCAUCCCCGUAUCCUGGACAGCAGCCACCUUAUAGCCAGGGACCUCCUUCCUACCCGCCCCAGGGCGCCCCAGCAGGCUAUCCCGGUGGUCAGGGCCGUCCCGGACCAUCCCAGGGACCUCCUGGAGGACAGUAUGGCGCUCCUCCGCCCCAGGCUGCUCCAGUCACCCCGCAGCAGGUCAGCGCUUAUCGCCAGCUGCUGAUAAGCACCAUCCAAGAGAAGAACCUCCAGCCGUUCUACCCACCUGAGCGUCUGGACCGACUAGUCCAGACUCUUGCCAAUGACGCCCCAGCCCGACUGGCCAAGCUGACGCACGAAUGGUCUGUGCCGAUGGAAGUCGCAACGGAUGUCAUGAAGCUUUCUCUCUUCGACGUCAUUCUCUACGUGGAUGACAGUGGCUCAAUUGAGUUUGAAGAAAAGGGACUUCGCAAGGACCAGUUGAGACAAAUCCUCGGCCUCGUGGCCACCGCCGCCUCGACCUUUGACCAGGACGGCAUCUCGGUGCGGUUCAUGAAUUCUAUGGAGACCGGCGAUGGUAUCCGCAACGCUGACGACGUGAACAACCUCGUGAGCCGUGUCCGUUUCGCAGGACUGACGCCGUUGGGCACCAGCUUGCGAAGCAAGGUCAUCGACCCAAUGAUCGUGGGCCCGGCCCGCGCCAACCGUCUGGACAAGCCUGUGCUGGUGAUUACCAUUACCGAUGGACAGCCGGCCGGUGAACCCCAUGGUGCCGUGGGUGAUGCGAUCCGUCAUGCGAUUGACGAGACCUCGCGGACUCGCUAUGGCCGUGGCGCGGUGUCCUUCCAGUUCUCGCAGGUUGGUACGGACCAGCGAGCGCGCGAGUUCCUGGGAGACCUGGAUGAGGAUCCCCAGAUUGGACACUUGAUCGAUUGCACUUCGAACUUUGAAGUUGAGCAGGACGAGAUGUCUCGCGCCAACCCGCCUGUGCACUUGACCCGUGAACUUUGGUGUGCUAAGCUCAUGCUCGGCGCCAUUGACGCAUCCUACGAUACCAAGGACGAGAAAGCGUCAAGCCGCGCCGGUGGACCACCACCGCCGCAGGGCUCUUUCGGUGGGUAUAACCAGCCUCCACCGGGCCCCGGUCCUGGAGGAUACAGUGCUCCUCCGCCUGGCUAUCCUCCGCAAGGCCAGAGCCCGCAGCCUGGCUACCCUCAACAGCCGCCGUCACAAUCGCCCUAUCCGCCAUCGACCGGCGGCCCUGAACCGGGAUAUGGACAGCCACAGCCGUAUGGCUAUGGCGGGUCGUCGCCCCAUCCCUCUGCAGGGUAUCCGCCUGCUGGCGGCUACCCUCCGCCACCGCGUCGCUACUAG